AAUCAGUCUAAUAAAGAUGAUGGUGACAAUAAGGAUAACAGUUAAUUGUAUCAUCAACUAAUCAACACUUUUGAAUUAAAUCAACUUACAACAAUCAGAACAGUUUCUUGAUGAUCAUUGAACAAUCAAGAACUUUGAAAACUUUUUGAUAACUCAAACAUUUACAUAGUUAAAUUUGAUUUGAUUCCCUUUUUUUGAUUGUGAUCAAAGUGAAAAGUGAAAAGUGUCAACAACAAGUGAUUAGUUAAUUGUUAACCAUAAUGGCGGCUCCAUUUAGCACUUUAUUAUCGUUAAUUGUGAUGCAUGGAAUCUCAAUGACCGUUUGGCGACAUUUAAUGAACACAACGAUGCCAUUUUCGGUUCGUUCAAAUAACAAUUUACCUCGAUUCACUUUCCAAUUGUCCAACACACUGACCCCACCCACUGGAGUGGACAAUUUAUUAACAACCUUAUCACCUUUAUCAUCCUCAUCAUCUCCAUCUUCAUCCCAUUCCCUUAUUACAUCAGGUUCAUCAUCUGCGUUUUCAUCCUCAUCUCCAUCAUCAGCUUACAUUCAGCCAAUAAUUCAGCUUCAUCCGAUUCCAAUUUCUUUGCCCUCUUUAACUGGAUUACAAGGAUUGACCGGACUAACGGGAUUUCCGGCCUCAACUGGAUCUAGUUCACCAAUGAUCUUGUUACCAAUAUCAGCGCGACCCCCUGAGAGUGCAAAUCUAAAUAGUAUAAUGACCGGUGGGUAUCAGUUUAAAGGUCAACCCUCACAUCAGCCAUUGUUGACACUUUCACAAAUACCCGCUGGUCAAGCAGUGGUCCAGGUUGCACCAACACUGGUCACUCAAGCAUCCACUUUGAAACCAAUUCGAGUCGCUGCUCCAUUUAACUUUCUAUCCUCCUCAAUUAGUCCAACCGUUAGUCCAAUUCGAGGUGUAAUUAACCCUAAGGGUACAUCAACUUAUACUUAUCGUGAGGUCAAACUAACUGGAGGUAAAAGUUCAACUUCCAAUUCUAAUGGUCACCAUUCAAUUGUUACCAAAAAAAUGGGCCAAUCAACUGGUCUACCAAUUAAAUUAAUCAACUCAAAUCAAAGUGAUGAAAUGGUUGAUCUUAAUUCAAUUGUGUCCGAUUCUGAGAUGAUUAAUCUACAAGAGGAUAUUAAACAAAAAGGAUUUAGAUCAAUUUGUUUUUAUUUACUCGAUAAUCCGGAUAAAGGGAUAAUCUUACCAGUUAAUAAAAUUGAUCCAAAACUUUGUGAUCAAAUAACCGUUGGAUUUGCCUACGUUGGACCAGAUAAUUUAAUUUGGUUCCAAAAUCCAGAAAACGAUGUUAAAAGAUUACAAGAAUUGGCUUCAUUGAAGACCAGAAAUCCAAGUUUAAAAAUCUUACUCUCCGUCCGAAUGGGUCAAUCUAAGGAUAACUCAACAACAAUAACAAAGAUGACCAGUGGUCAAUCAGCUGAUGGUAAUAAUAUACUGGCCACUGAAGAGAUGAGGAAUCGUUUUGUCCGAUCGUUAAUUGAGAUCAUUACACUUUACAAACUCGACGGUGUUGACUUUUUCAGGCUCCAUCAAAACGAGACCAAAUAUCGGGAAACUAAAAGUGAUCUGAUCACAUUAUUAAAGUUAACUCGCAAGGAGUGUUUAAGAAAAGGUAAACUGGAAUCACUAAUCACUGCCACAGUUUCCGGUCAUCCAGAUAUCGCAACUAAUUAUUACAAUAUAACUGAAUUGGUCAAGAGUGUUGAUUAUUUAAACCUGUUAACCUUUGAUUAUCAUUACUAUUCCGAGGCUAAACCUUACACUGGACAUCACAGUUUACUUUACCCAAGGGUCACUACUCAUUCGGGUAUUGAUAUUUCAAGUACAGACGAAGUUUGUAAAUUUUGGAUGAAGCAAAAAAUUCCCAUUCGAAAGUUAAUCUUGAGCGUUCCAACGUUUGCUCGAACCUUUAAUUUGGCCUUUCCUUUUGGUCAAGGUUUUAAUUCACCGAGUAUUGGUCCAGGACUAGGUCAAGGUCAAAUUAAUUACACUCAAGUAUGUUCUUUCAUUAAAGACGGUGGAAUCAGUGAGUUCGAUGAGAAAGGUCAAGUUCCGUUUGCCCAUCGAAACUAUGAUUGGAUUUCCUAUGAAAAUGAACGAAGUCUCUCAAUCAAAUCAAGAUAUUCAGCCGCUCAUCGACUCGGCGGUGUCAUGACCUAUGCUCUAAACUACGACGAUUGGACUGGUAGUUGUCGGGAAGAUGAGGCCAAAAACUUUCCCCUUCAAAAGGCCGUUUCGAGUACACUUAAGCUGGCUUCAGUGUCCACCUUUAAAAACUAAC